AUGAACUCCAAGACAAUUUCCCUCCUCCUCGCCAUCUUCGGCAUGACCGCCCAGCACGGUGUACUUGGUAUGCCCGCCGUCUCAACCAUGACCAUGUACCACGGCAGUUCCGCCACGCAGACAACCACUAUGACGACCUCAGUCGCCACGGACACUCCCACAGGCACUGUCUCAGCAGACACGACAAGCCUCAGCUCCGUCUUCACCGUCAAAUUUGCGAGCAUGAGUUCCAGCGCCAUCAUGUCUGUUUACAGCAGCGCCACUUCCAGCGUCAUGGACGACAUGAUGUCUUCGAUGAGCUCGGCUAUGGGAUCCGCCAUGGACAAAUGCAGCAAUUACUUGACAUAUGCGAAUUACUAUGUCACUGCUAAUGCAGCAGGCACUACGACUAGUGGUAAAGGAACAACUACUUCGAAGACUAGCAAGACGCCGAAGUCUUCUACCUCGAAGUCUACUUCCAAGACGACCAAAACUUCUGGGAAGGUAGCUAAGACCACUUCUACCCAGACUUCUGCUACUACCAGUUCUUGA